CGCAAGUAGUUGUUUUUUUUUUUUUUAAAUGUGUGCUCGUGCUUGCGUACGCGCGCGUUCGCGCGUUUCAAUCUUUGGCUGCGACACGCGCGACAGCUCCCCGGCAGGUCUGGAAUGACCCCCCACAAAGUCCGGGUCAGCUGACAUUGCGGCGCGAAUGCCAACGCAAAGCGACACCCGGGCCGGCACCCCACCACACUCUCCCUCUGUCUCGCGCUGCGGACCCUCCCCGGCCCAGAAGCGCUCGGAGCCGACGCCCUACUGACGGCGGCCCCUCGUCGUCGUCAUGCCCGGUCGCAGAAAGUCGUCCGUCCCCUGCGUGGUCCGAGUUGACCCGAAUGAGGUGCCGGACGUCGAAAUUUUGGACGCGAAAAUGUUGUCGGAAAACAAUAUGAUUGACGGGUCCGGGCCUUGUGAGAAAAGCGAUUGCCGUCGGAGUGCGGAUGGGUCGGAGCAGGAAAAUCUCCAUCCUGUGACGUUGGAAGACCGGCAGUCAAGUGAACAAGGUGAUAAGGAUGAUAAGGAAGUGUCGCAGUCAGACUAUGAGGCUCAGAAGAAAGAGCCCAAAGGCUAUGAGUGCAAAUGUUGCCCGUUCUGGUGCCAGAACCUAAAAGACUUUAAAGACCACGUGGACUCCAGCCAUCCCAAUGUGAUUCUCAAUCCACUGUAUCACUGCGCCGUCUGUGACUUCAACACCCAGAAAUUUGAGCUUCUCACAAAGCACAACAAGAGCCUUCAUCCUGAUGAGAACAACUUCAAAUUCAAGAGGAUCCGGAAGAACAAUCAGACCGUCUUGGAGCAGACGAUCCAAGUCCAGGGUCGUCCCGAUCCCGAAAAACAUUCUGGAAGUGACGCUGCCGUGUUCCCGCCCUACCUAUCCAGCACAGUGAACUCACCAGAACACAUCGAGUCCCUCCGUGGCGGCGGCCGAGUCUCCGACCGGAAGGAUCCGAUCGCAGCACUCAACAUCAACGGCACCGUCAUCAUUCCGGAGCCGUCUGUCCUCCGAGACCUGUCCCACGUCAGCCCUGUGCUCCAGCGCCCGCCCAACUUUAACUGCCAACCGAAAAUAGCCGUUCCUUUGAACAGUACCAAAUACAACCCGUCCCUGGACCACAACCUGACCCUGAUCACCUCCUUUAACAAGUUCCCCUACCCGACGCACGCAGAGCUGUCCUGGCUAACCGCCGCCUCCAAGCACUCAGAGGAACAAAUCAAAGUUUGGUUUACCACCCAGCGGCUCAAGCAGGGCAUCACUUGGUCCCCGGAGGAGGUGGAGGAGGCCAGGAAGAAGAUGUUCAACGGUUCCAUCCCUGCCCCGUCUACGAGUCGAGUCUCCGCCCCGUCCGCCGCAGCCUUCCGACAGGCUCCCGGGGAGCGUCGUUUCCCAGCGGCCACCCCGAAUUCUGUCAGUGUCGUAUUUGCUGAAAACGUUCCCGCUGAAGUUGCCGUCAGUUCGGGUCACUUGCUUAAACGAUCCCUGAUGACUCAUUGCGGUCCCAAGUCCAAGAGACCCGUCAUGGCAGUCGCCCCUAGUCAAGGAGGCCCUAAAGACCAGGGCCUCAUGGCUCCUGUGCCAACCGUUCCCUGCCAAAAAGAGCACCAUCCAAUGGCUCCACCGUUCGCAACGGGUUUGAAGAAGUUGCCCGCUGUUGUGCCUUUAAUGCCGUUAUCGUCACCGUACACAAAGGGGAAGCUUCUCCCCCAAACCAAACCGCUGGUGUCACUUCCAUCCAUCGUCUUUCCGGAGUCCUUGACGAGGCCAACCAUUGCGCCGCCACCCAUCUUUGCCCCGCCAUUUAAAAGCCCGUUACUUCUGCCUCGACUUUGCAAAGAGAGGCUCCCUACCCCGUUGCCAGCCGCUAAUGUGACAUCCCCAAAUUCACCUCCACUCGUCACCCCUCGUACAAGGAGGCCCCCCGUCAUCCAGUCCGCGCGCACUCCGCUCUUCAUGCCAGGGCAAGAAGAGGAAGGCGGCUUGCGCGGAGCCGCGACGCUCGAUCCCGUCGAUCUUCUGCUUGGAGAUUCCCAUCAGAAAUCCUCACUGCUCACUCAGUUCCCGCUGCUUGAAAGAAUGAAGGGCAAGACUCCGGACCAGCUGAAGUUCCUGGAGGAGCACUUCCUGAGGAAAAGCUUCCUCUCCCACAGCGACAUGGACAAUCUGGCGCUCGCCACCCGUCUAUCCCACCGGGAAAUCGACGGCUGGUUUGCGGAGCGCCGUGCGCUCCGGGAUAACCUGGAACUCGCCCUCCUCAACUCGAUGGGGACGAAGAGGACUGAGGUCGACAGAGGCGCAACUCUGCCCCUCAAUGGGGUUCACGAGCAAAGUUUUGGUGCGGAGGAUCUCAAAAGCGGCUCCCUGCCUCCGACACGCUCCUUUCAAAAUUCCUGCUCAGCGGCAGUCCUCAAGGGCCAUUUUGCUCAAACCGAGGGGACGACUCCAUCGGAGGUUUGGCCCGGACUGGCCCGUGUUGGCCUGGCACGCUGGUUUUCCGACACCCGCUCAACGCUGCACGCGGAAUUAUUCAACAACGGCGGUCCCGCGCUCCCGGAAAAACCUGCUUCUUCCAGCCCCCGCGGGUGCGGCAAGGAGGGCGGAGCUAAGGCUCCGGAGGCCGAGCUGGGCCGGCUGAUGGAGCAGCACGCUAACGGUCUUGGCGUGCCGCAGCGUGGCGAGUUACAAGACGGCCUCGCUACCAGGUGUGAAUAACAACAAUCGUCUUAUUAACCCCCUGCCGGCCACGUCGAGAACGGCGGCACGCCGCAUCCUCGGUCGUCGCCUUGGCAACAAGAAGUGUGCCCCCCUGCCCCCGAAGGAUGAUUGACAGGAGGCGUGUCCCAAACAGGAUCGUGACGGUUAGCUGGCGCGGCUAACGUGUUUCGUUCUUCGUCUGUGUGGGUGGGGCUGGCAGCCAUUUUGAUUCUGAUGCUGACUUUGGGUCUUUCGGGAGGCCUGUUGCCAUGGAGACUGAACUACAACACACCUUAGGCACUGCCUCCCCCCUACUUGCUGCAAGCUUUAGCCAUACCCACGCUCGUGUGUGAGACUUUGUUUUAGUGCGUGUGUGCGUGUGCGUGCGCGUGCGUGUGUGAGACGUUCUUUUCUGUUUAAGUGGCCUGCUUCCACCCAUUAAAAACAAGAAUGCCGCGUGAGAGCGCUCGGACGCACGCACGCACGCACGUACGCGCACGCACACACGUAGUGCUUGGCAACACUUAAGUCAGUCGUCGAUGUGUGCGGUGCCUGGACUUCCGCCUGCCAUUCCCCUGCUGAGAAAGGGGGGGCGCCAUUUGGGGAUCUUCACAUUCAAUCAUACUCAAAAACAAAGAAAAAGCACCUAUAGACUUUUUUUUUUUUUACUGCAGCAGUGAAGUGCCAUUUUUUUUUUUUUUUGUCAUGGCGGACAGACACACUUCCUGUUUUGUCCAGCCAGCUUCCUGCAGUCUCAUACAUGUUGCAUGUAACAUGUUCAUGCAGCGUAAUGAACAUGUAGCACGUACACGCUACACUUGUUUGCUUUGCUAACACAACUGGACCAAAACGCACCAGAAGUCAAUCAGCUAUGCGCGCACACACUUUCGCUGCAAAAACACAAACUCUUACCUAGUGAAUUGGUCUUAUUUCUAGUGAAAUCUUCCUUUUACUUAUUUUAACAGAUUGGACUUUUUUUCAAACUUUUCAGCCAGUCUGUUUUAAGAUACAAGAUCUUAUUUUCAGAAUGUUUUCAAGUCAAUUUCUGCUAGUUCCAUGGGCAGAUUUGUAUACUUAAAACAAGACAUUUUGCCCUCCGAUCGGCUGGCGACCGGUUCAGGGCGUACCCCGCCUCUCGCCCGAAGACGGCCGGGGUCGCGACCCGCGUGAGGAGAAGCGCUACACAAAAUGGGUGGAUGGAAACAAGACAUUUUGUCCCGAAAAGAAGUUUUCAAAAAAAAAAUGGAGUUUUAACAUAAGAUCUUGUAUCUUAAAAUGUCUUUUUGUCUUGCUGAAAAAAAAUCUAGAAAAAAAAAGCCAAAGCUUAAAAUAAGUACGGUAAGAUGUUUUCACUCGAAAAAAGAUGAAUCCAAGAGGUCAUGUUUAGUUUUUGCAGUGUCGGCGUGUGCUUGUGUACUUUAACGUAGGGAUGCACCGAGAAUGUCAACACCUCUAUGCGCACUUGUAAAAAAAAAAAAAGUUUUCUGUUCCACAAAAACGGGGGCUGGUCGGGUUCCUGAGGGAACAAAGCAAAAACCCACCAAUAGGUGAAUCUCGGGUGCUGAACUGUGAAUACGCGGAGGUCCGCUGUUCGCAUAUUCGGUCUGAAGAAAACGGUGGUCUCGGCGCGUCCCGACUUUUGACUCGUUGAAUGUCCAAGUCGGCUUCGUUCCGUCGUCGAGGCUUGACACGUGAAUGUUGCUGCUGAGCUAACGCGGACGUGCUAAUUAGCGCCCGAUUUGGAAGACGCCCUGUCCUACACGCACGCACACGAUUCUUCUUUGUGGCACCCUUUUUUCUCCUGCGUUACUUCUGGCUCACGUUUGUGUUUCCGUGUGACAUCCCCCAAUAAAAUGCUUUUUACACCGCCA